AGGGGGCUUAUUCGGAAGAUUUGAUUAAGAAUUACUCUGUUCUGAUACUAAGUGUGAAAGUUAUUGAUUGGUUUGUAUGAUUAGGCUUAUUUCCGGGAUAGCGUUUUAGAAUUACUCUGUUUUUAUACUCUGGAUUUCGGGUUGGGAAUGGAUCUUAAAGUUCGAUGGAAAUGAGAAUACUACAAUGAGAGGUGAAAGAGGGAUUUUAAGUCAAUGGAUGACAAGGAUAGGACACUUUCUGAUCUGGUAGGCUUAUUUAAAUCUUGGAUACCAUGGCGGUCGGAGCCUGCACAUGUUUCGAGAGACUUCUGGAUGCCAGACCAGAGCUGCAGGGUGUGCUAUGAAUGUGAUUCACAGUUCACCCUGUUUAACCGAAGGCACCAUUGUCGACUCUGCGGCAGAAUUUUCUGUGCCAAGUGCACUUCAAAUUCAGUCCCGACGGAACCUACUACAGCAAAGACUCCACUAGAAGAGUGGGAUAAGAUUAGGGUCUGUAAUUAUUGUUUCAAGCAAUGGAAACAAGAUAUGAUAAUAAGGGUUGAUAAUGGGGUCCAGGUUUCCAGCCUGGACAUGCGCAGUAUUUCACCAUCAGCGACGAGUUUCCUCAGCACCAAGUCCAGUGGAACCUGUGGCAGCAGUAGCAUCACCUUUACAUCAAUGCCACAGUCUGUCGGGCUCAGCCCAUACGAAUCGCCAUUAAUGGAAACAUCUUUAGAAAGACAAGUCGUUGGAGCAGCAUCUACCAGUGAUCAUGAUGCAGAUAUCGGAGAACCAAACAUGUCACAAAAACAGUUUGGAUAUUGCCAAAACAGGAGUGAUGACGAUGAUGAUGAUGAUGAAUUUGGAAUAACUCACUUCGGUUCCUGUACAAGUCAUUUUUCCCAGGCCACUAGCUACUAUAGUCAUGUUCAGUUUAAUGACAUCAACAGUGAUCAUAAAUCACUUAAAGUUCAUCCCGAUAGAGAUGCUGUUGAUUCGAAAAGUUCAAGCAGCUCCCCGUUACAAUAUAGUUUCGACUCCCCAUUACAGUAUAGUUUCGAUUCCCCAAAUUCAGAAGACAUCCAGCAGAAUGCAAGCGAAGAUGUUCAACAAGAUAUCAGUGAUGAAUGCGAGGCACCUUCGUCUUUGUAUGUAGCUGAAGAUGUUGAUACUGAACCUGUGGACUUUGAAAACAAUGGAGUGCUAUGGCUACCUCCUGAACCAGAAGAUGAGGAAGAUGAAAGGGAGGCACUUUUGUUUGACGAUGAAGAUGAUGAUGGGGAUGCUGCUGGAGAAUGGGGAUAUCUACGCCAUUCAAGUAGCUUUGGGAGUGGGGAUUCCCGAAAUAAGGACAAAUCGAAUGAUCAGAAGAGAGCUCUGAAGAAUGUGGUUGAAGGUCAUUUUCGGGCUUUAAUAGCUCAGCUCUUGCAGGUGGAGAAUCUUCUUGGAGAGGAGGAAAAUGACAACGAGAGUUGGUUAGAAAUAAUUACAGCUUUGUCAUGGGAGGCCGCUACAUUGUUGAAGCCAGACACAAGCAAGGGAGGGCAAAUGGACCCUGGGAAAUACGCCAAAGUAAAAUGUUUAACUUCAGGGCUUCCAAGCGAGAGUAUGAUUGUCAAAGGGAUUGUUUGCAAGAAAAAUGUGGCUCAUCGAAGGAUGGCAUCAAAAAUAGAGAAACCUCGGUUGCUGAUCCUUGGAGGGGCUCUUGAAUACCAUCGGAUUUCUAAUGCUCUUUCAAGCUUCGAUACUCUGUUGCAACAGGAAAUGGAUCAUCUGAAGAUGGCUGUUGCCAAAAUAGAAGCACAUAAUCCUGAUAUUCUUCUGGUGGAGAAAUCUGUUUCACGUUAUGCCCAGGAUUACCUUCUUGCAAAAGACAUAUCACUUGUUUUAAAUAUUAAAAGGCCACUUUUGGAGCGUAUUUCCCGUUGCACUGGUGCCCAAAUUGUUCCUUCACUUGAUCAUCUUUCAUCACAAGCAUUAGGAUAUUGUGAUAAUUUCCAUGUUGAGAGGUUUUCAGAAGUGCACAAUGCUGCUGGUCAGGCUGGAAAGAAGCUGAUGAAGACUCUCAUGUAUUUUGAAGGUUGUCCAAAGCCACUGGGAUGCACAAUAUUACUUCGAGGCGCCAAUGAGGAUGAGUUGAAGAAAGUGAAACAUGUUGUGCAAUAUGGAAUUUUUGCGGCUUAUCACCUGGCUGUGGAGACAUCUUUUCUUGCUGAUGAAGGUGCCACUCUACCAGAACUUCCAUUGAGCUCUCCAAUUACUGUUGCACUUCCAGAUAAGCUAUCAAACAUUGAAAAUUGCAUAUCUAUAGUACCUCAGUCCUUUGAUGAACCACAGAGGUCAAAUAGUAUGCCUAGUUCAGAUCAAACCAAGGUAGCACGUGCCUCCUUUCACGGAAAAGAAUGUUCUGAUAUAUAUAAGAUUCCUGCUCCUAGCUCUCAGUCUGCCGACCCCCUUGUCUCGUCCUCUGAUAAAGGUUUUCAGCAUUGCUCCUUGAAUGAGCUGUCUCAUCAUAUUGCAUCAGAUGAUGGAGGCCUCAUUGACUUGGCCAUGUCUUCAGAUGCGAAAUUUGUUGAAGCAGGUAGAGUUUCUGCCACAGAUACAUCAGCUUGGCAACCUGAUGGAAGACUAACUCUCGAGGAACAGCCUGAUGUAGAAGCAUUUCCCCCUUCUCCUUCAGAACACCAAGGCAUCUUGGUCUCCUUAUCGUCUAGAUGUGUAUGGAAGGGCACUGUCUGUGAAAGAUCCCAUAUGUUUCGGAUCAAAUAUUAUGGUAGCUCUGACAAGCCACUAGGUCGCCUUCUACGGGAUCAUUUAUUUGAUCAGAGUUAUGUAUGCCGCUCAUGUGAGAUGCCAGCCGAAGCUCAUGUAGAGUGUUAUACUCAUCAACAAGGUUCCCUUACCAUCUCAGUGAAGAGACUACCGGAAAUUAUUUUACCUGGUGAAAAUGAUGGAAAGAUUUGGAUGUGGCACCGUUGCUUGAGAUGUCCAAGAACUAACGGGUUCCCCCCUGCCACUAGAAGAGUUGUGAUGUCUGACGCUGCAUGGGGAUUGUCCUUUGGAAAGUUUUUGGAGCUAAGCUUUUCAAACCACGCAGCUGCUAGCAGAGUGGCAAGCUGCGGUCAUUCUUUACAUAGAGACUGUCUUCGAUUUUAUGGAUUUGGAAAAAUGGUUGCUUGUUUUCGUUAUGCAUCAAUCCAUGUUCAUUCAGUGUACCUGCCUCCCUCAAAGCUCGAGUUCAAUUAUGAAUGUCAGGAGUGGUUAGAACGAGAGCUGAAUGAGGUGGUUGGGCGAGCUGAGCUUUUGUUCUCCGAUGUACUUAAUGCUCUUCGUCUUCUAAUAGAAAGGAAAUCUAGCCUAGGUAAGACUUCAGAAUCAAAACGCCAGAUAGCAGAUCUAGAAGUGAUGCUUCAGAAGGAGAAGUUAGAAUUUGAGGAAUCACUUCAGAAACUUUUGAAAAAGGAGGCAAAAAAAGGACAACCUAUCAUUGAUAUUCUCGAGCUCAACCGAGUCAGAAGACAACUAAUUUUCCAGUCUUAUGUGUGGGACCACCGCCUGAUAUAUGCAGAUACUCUAGAUACCAAAAACCAAUCAGACGAUAUGGAAGUUGCCUCCUCAGAGCCCAUCAAGAAACCCCUUGUCGAUACCGAGAAUAUUCUCGAUAUAAAUAUUCCAGUCUUGGGUAGUCCCCAAUCUCUAGCUGAUGAUGCUAAGGCUGAACAAAAUCCUGAUAACAAGGCGAGUGAUACCGAGGGGGUUCACAACAAAAUUGACCUACUUUUGAACUGUGAUCAUGGAAAUAAAAUUGAACGUGCACAUUCUCGUGGUUCAAAGGCCACUGAUGAAUCUGAUCCACUCAUAUCCGGUGUUACUGUUCGUAGAGCCCUCUCUGAAGGGCAAGCUCCUAUUUGUCUGUCAGAUACCCUCGAUGCUGCAUGGACGGGUGAGAGUAACACAGGUCUACGGUCAAAGGACAAUGGUUUUCUCGAAUCAGUUGAAGGGGAUAAAAAUUCGUCAACUGCUGGAGCAUCUGACAAGUUGGAUAUGGAAGACUUUAAAGAGGAUCUUAGGUUGUCUCAUUUACAUUCCGUUCUGUCUACCAAAAGUUACGAUGCUAAGGACGACACUGGAGGCUGGUUAGGUUUUCCCUUUGUCAGUUUCUACCGAUCGUUCCACAUAAACUUUUUGGGGGGUGGUCAGAAUUUGGAUACAUUGGGUGCGUACGAUCCAGUGUAUAUCUCUUCGUAUCGUGAAUCUGAACUCCAAGGUGGGGCCCGGUUGCUCCUACCUGUGGGAGUUAAUGACACCGUUGUUCCAGUUUAUGAUGAUGAGCCUACAAGUAUUAUAUCAUACGCACUUGUUUCACCUGAUUAUGUUGCCCAAAUGUAUGAAGAGCCUGAUAAACCAAAGGACACCGCAGACUCUGUGUUUACUAUGCAGUCCUUUGACGCAGGGGUAUUUCAGUCAUUUCACUCGUUGGACGAAAUGAUGUUGGAAUCUUACCGAAACCUUGGAUCUGGAGAUGACGUCUUUUUGUCUUUAACGAGUUCUCGUAGCUCUUUGCCUUUAGAUCCACUCUCGUAUACGAAAGCUUUGCAUGUGAAGGUGUCUUUUGCAGACGAUGGAGGAAACCUUGGCAAGGUUAAAUAUACUGUUACUUGUUAUUUCGCGAAGCGGUUUGAAGCAUUGAGGAGGAUAUGUUGUCCGUCUGAAGUGGACUUUGUUCGGUCACUUAGCCGAUGUAAGAAGUGGGGGGCCCAAGGUGGCAAGAGCAAUGUCUUUUUCGCGAAAACUUUGGACGAUCGGUUUAUUAUCAAGCAAGUGACAAAGACUGAGUUGGAAUCUUUUACCAAGUUUGCUUCUGAAUAUUUUAAAUAUCUUUCUGAAUCAAUUUGCUCGAGAAGUCCAACUUGCCUUGCAAAGAUCCUUGGAAUCUAUCAGGUUACAACCAAACAUCUUAAAGGAGGGAAGGAAACUAAAAUGGACCUGCUGGUUAUGGAGAAUCUUCUUUUCGGAAGAAACCCGAUUCGACUUUACGAUCUUAAAGGAUCUUCUAGAUCACGAUAUAAUCCAGAUUCUUCUGGAAGCAACAAGGUUUUGCUUGAUCAGAACUUGAUCGAAUCAAUGCCUACUUCUCCAAUUUUUGUUGGAAACAGAGCCAAAAGAUUAUUAGAAAGAGCUGUAUGGAACGACACCGGAUUCCUUGCAAAUAUAGACGUGAUGGAUUAUUCACUACUGGUUGGGGUUGACGAAGAGAAGCAAGAGCUUGUUCUUGGAAUCAUCGAUUUCAUGAGACAAUAUACAUGGGACAAACAUCUCGAAACUUGGGUCAAAGCAUCCGGUAUACUAGGUGGACCGAAAAAUGCUUCACCGACCAUAAUUUCACCCGAACAAUACAAAAAAAGAUUCCGGAAAGCAAUGACCACCUAUUUCUUGAUGGUCCCGGAUAAAUGGUCACCUGCUAGUACCAUUGUUCCCAGCAAGUCACAAACCGAGUUGUCGGAGGACAACUCUCAGAACUUGGAUAGUACGGCUUCGGCCGAGUAAAAAUCCCAUUUUUUUUCUUGCAUAUAUACACACACAUACAUACAUAUAUAUAUAUUUACUUUCAGCUGAAUCGUUGUUUAUAUAUUUAUUAUUGCUCCUAUUCUUUAUAUUCUUUAGGAAAAAGCCAGUUUCUUGAUUAUUUCUUAGGAAAGAAAUGGCAUUUUCAGGCCAUAUAAGUAGUCUAGAUAUUCUUUUUGUACACAUUCUUUUAUACUGUUUCUUUAGUACUUUGUAAGAAGUCAAGAUGUAUACAGAUUGGAAUUUGUUGAUCCAAUUUA